AUGGGCCAAGGCUCAAAAUGGAACUCGAAACCCCCUGCUAACGACAAGGCGGCCGCACCCCGCACAGCGACAGCAUCGUCGUUGAAGAGUGCAUCCACUAGUCAUCGAUCUUCGGCCGCCAUAUCGGGAAGGAGACAGACAUCUCUUCGCAAACGAGAUCAGGACCGCAGCUUCCGCCUCAGAGCAAAAGCGCUCGUCGAACAUCUCCAAAGCACGAUCCGUGAUAUCAGUGGACCUUCUGCCAAAUCCUCCUCAGCCUCUCUAGCUCAAAGUGAUGCAGCUGUCUCAAAAGCUCUGUCUCAUUUCGAAGCCGAGAUGAAGGCGCUGCGUGUCAUGGUCAAGUCCAAGGAUGUCCUCGUUGAUCCUGACAACGCCUGGAAGUCAGCUUCCCGCAUCAAAACUCCCUGCAACGCUGCAAUUCGGCUAUGCUUGCAGACCGGAAAGUACGAGCGCGCCUUCAAGCUGCUAAACCAGAUGAAAAAGGACGGCAUCUUUCCCAACGCAGCCACUUACAACGUCAUCAUCAACGGCCUCACACGCGCGCUCGUUGUCCAGACACACUCGGCGUCGGCAUCGUCGCAACGCCACACGCAAGACUUGCUCGAACGCAAAGAAGUACAGCGUAUUCGCGACGUGUACCAAGACCUCGAGAAGCUGUGGAAGCAGGCUUUUCCGCGCUACUUCCAUCGCACGGGAGCACCAUCUCCCAAAGAGGCGCUCGUUCUCGACAAGGACGACUUCCACACUUUGACCGAACAAGCCCGUCGCAAUCUUGUCUCGCAACAGGCCAGCAUUCAUGAAGCACGUGAAUUCCCCAAAGUUCUUACCAAUGCCCUCGGCGCCUAUGCUAACUUCCUACGCUACGUCGAUGCGAAGGAGGAGCUAGGCAGGCUCUUUGAUCGGCUCUUCCCCACAGCGCUGCUUGACAGCAUGGCAAAAGGUCUGGCACCUGAUGCCUCUCCACAAGACAAGCUUGAAUCGAUCAAUCGCAAGCUGUCCGAAUGGCUGCCUUUGGGUGACAAGACCACCUUCUCUGUCUUCUUGAUGGCUGUCAACGAGACCCCGGGAACCGAUCGCCUUGCCAUGGUGACGCGCAUUUGGACUCGACUGGCAACAUUGCUGGACCUCGAGCGCCAUGAGCUUCUCUCUGCGUCUUCGUUUGUUGACAAGAAGCGCAAAUCCGAUUCAAAGCGUGCUCGUGCUUCUGAUGGCGCACAUAUCGAGUCAGAUGCGCUCAGAUUCGUUCCCGACGAUCAAUUCAUGGUAGACCUCUUGAACCGUCUCAAGAUUCUGCCGGACGCGGACGCAGCCCUCGAACUUGGUCUCGGUCUCUCUGUUCUAUCCAAGGUCUAUGGCCUCGACCUCGAAGCGAGCGCUGAGAACAUCGUCAGAGAUCCGCAAAUGUCGGAACCGGUCGAAGCAUUUGGGCCCGAGCACUACCUCCGAAAGGACGUCAACGCCAUGGAUCGAGUCAGCGCACCUGUUGCCCAGCUGCGUGACCCCAACGUGACCUCGUGCAUCUUCCGUCUGCUUCUCAACGCUGGCGCCUGGGAGAUGUACAUUGCGCUCUUCAACUACCUCUGGGCCCGAAACCACGCCGAGCAGAUCAGCGCUGGUCUGCAGACUGACAACGUCACCGCCAUGCUGUCGGACACAGCUGUGUUUGGAAGCACGUUACGACCCGCUUUGGCCAUGCGAGUUCUCUGGUAUCUCGCCAAAAUUGGAGAUCCGGCGGGAGCACGGGUCAUGAUUGAGGCGAUGAAACGUGCAGCAGAAGGUGCAUCUAUGCGGCGCUUCGAGACACAAGAAGAGGGCGACAAGCGAGGCUCCCGUCGUUCUGCAAAGCCGCAGGAAGACCAGUCGGAACGUCACUCAUCGGCGCUUGAAUGGAAGCCAGCCGACAUCUGCUACGCCCGUGCAUUGCGGGCCAAUCUGACGGCCGCGAUCAAAGGGCCGCAGGGUCUCACUGCCGCAAAGUUCAAGAGUGGUGACGGCGGGCAAGGCUCGUCGCCUGAUAGCGCCGAGUUCGCCAAUCUCGGAACAUAUGACGUGUGGACCGAGGCAAAGUCGCUCUUCGCAGAGUGGAGCGAUCUCAGAGACGCGGGCAAUAGCAGCAGCAACCGUAGCACGCGACGAGACAAGCAUGACGACCUCUCACGUGUCCAUGCGGACACUAUGCGGUCUCUAUUGCUGCACAUCGCUCGAGUCUGCGCAUCGCAGCAGGGUGACCAGGGGGCCGAGGUAGCGAGGGAAGCUCUCCGCAUCCUCCACGAGCGCGUGGGUCUCGAACAGCUGGUGGAAGAAACAAAGCAAUUAGAAAAAGAUGCUGCCCCCUCGACCCGGUCCAACUCGAGCAAGGAAGCCACCGCUGUACGCUUCAGCUCGUACACUCCGGCCUACCUGUCCAAGGUCAUCGCCCUGGCACUCGAUACCUCUGACCAGUCGUUUGCGCCAAAAGCUGAAGUGGAGCUGUGGAAGCAGGUCAAGAAGACGAUCCCCGCUGCCAGCGCCUCGGACGAAACCGAAGCGAGGCCCGCUGAGAGGCAGAGGUCCCGCGACGUGCGUGGUCGGCAUGCAGGGGGUAACCGACUGCUGUUGUCGAAAGAUGACUAUCUGGAGCUGGAAGCAGAAGGGGAAGAGGACGGGGAGGAACUCGAGCUGGCAGAGGAAAGUUCUGGCCGCAGGCGUGGUGAUGGAUCGUACAGGAUGCAACGGAGAUCGCGUCACGUUGAGCAGGAGAUCGAGCGGUGGGUGCGCGGCGCUUCUGUAUGA